AUGUCCCACCGCCGCAAGAAAUCCCUCCUAAUCGGGAUAAACUACACAGGCAGCGCCCACGAACUCCGCGGCUGCCACUCAGACGUCCAAAACAUGAGCGAAUUCCUCUCCUACAAAGGCUACACCUCGUCCCCGCGCGACCGCGUCACCCUAACCGACAGCCCAGACGUAGAUCCCUCGUCCCCCUACUACCCCACCGCCCACAACAUGCUCGCCGCCAUGGACUGGCUCGUCAGCGAGCCCGGAUGCACCUUGUUCCUGCACUACUCUGGCCACGGCGGCCAAGUCAAAGACGUAGAUUGCAACCGCAGCACGGGCCUUGACGACUCGCUCGUGCCUGUUGAUUUUGAGCAGAGCGGGCAGCUGAGUAGUACGUUGUUGCAUGAACAUCUUGUGACGCGCAUGGCGGAGGACUGUACACUCUUUAUUCUGCUUGAUUGCUGCCACUCUGGUUCCGCAGUCGAGUUACCAUACGUUUUUCGCACCGACGGCGAGGGCGGGAUUUCCCUGCUUGAUAAUCUAAAGGCUGGGGCCCGGCUGGUGGGCGAGGCGCAGACUAUUUUUCGAGAUGGGUUCUCUUAUAGCAAGAUUGGUGAGGCGAGGGAGUUGUUGGCUGGGGCGACUAGUUUCUUUAAUGGGCUUCGACAUGUUGGGGAGCAGGAGGAGGAGCAGGGGCUUGCGGGUGGUGAGUUUGCGGGUCAGUAUGGGAGUGAGAGGAAGAUGGUGACUAUGUUUUCGGGUUGUAGGGAUGACCAGACCAGCGCAGACGCGCAAAUCCAAGGCGAACCCACUGGCGCAAUGACCUGGGCUUUUUUGGAAGUCAUGAAGAGAAAUCAAAAUCCUUCAUAUGCUGAGACCCUAACCCUGACCCGCAACAUCCUCGACGACAGCAACUACUCCCAAAUCCCGCAGUUGAGUUGCGGGCUGGACAUUGAUUUAGAUCACAUGGCUUUGGUGCUAUGA